AACCACAGCGUAUUCUACUCCAUGCAGAUAGUGUGCUUAAGUGGGUGUGGCUGAGGUGCAGCGUUGACAGUAGUUUGAAGAGAAGGUUGGUCAGGAGCUCCUACCGGCAUGAGAAGAGAAGGAGCUGAAUAAGUGAAGUGUAUGCAGAGGAGGUGCUGGACCUUUGGACCUUUUGACUCUCCAGCUCUUACCUUCAAGGGAGGAGACGGAGCUGGAUAGGUGAAGGGAAUUUUGGACAUUUGGAUGUUUUUGACUGAGUGAUGAUGAGGAUGAUGAUGGCAGUCCCCUUGAGUUUUGAGAGUCUGUGUACGCCAGUCAGUCGGAUGUGAAAUGCGGUCUGUCUAGUUAUUCAGGUUCGGCCACAACGCGGUGAAGGCAGUUUAUAGUUCUCAGUGGAAUGCUGUGAUCUGCAACUUGAACAGGAGAGAUUCAGAAUUGCUCUUGAAGAAAGGACACCAGGCCGUCAGUCAUGCUGAGUGGACGGGAGCAGAUCAGUGCUACUGAAGUGCCUGGCAUGUCCAGACCGUCAGCAUCCGCCAAGCUGAAGUAUGUGUCUCUGGGGGUGUUGGUGCUGCAGACCACCUCUCUGGUGCUGACCAUGCGCUACUCUCGGACGCUGCCGACCGAGGGGCCGAGGUAUCUGGCCUCUUCAGCUGUGGUGUGCGCCGAAGUCGUCAAAAUCAUCACCUGCACCGUGCUGGUCUUCAAAGAUGGCAGUUUCAGCGUACAGGCCCUGAAUCUGGUCCUUAGGGAGGAGAUCAUAAACAAGCCCUGGGAGACCUUGAAGCUGGCCAUCCCGGCAGGCAUCUACACCCUGCAGAACAAUGUGCUCUACGUGGCUCUCUCCAACCUGGACGCUGCAACCUACCAGGUCACGUAUCAGCUGAAGAUUCUCACCACCGCUCUUUUCUCCGUAUCUAUGCUCAGCAAGAAACUUGGUGUCUACCAGUGGCUGUCUUUACUCGUACUAAUGAUGGGCGUAGCAUUCGUACAGUGGCCUUCAGAUUCUGCGGCAGGACCUGAGACACAGGAGCUGUCCACAGGCUCUCAGUUUGUCGGACUGCUGGCCGUGGUGGUGGCCUGCUUCUCCAGCGGAUUUGCCGGCGUUUACUUCGAGAAGAUCCUCAAGCAGACCAAGCAGAGCGUCUGGAUCCGUAACAUUCAGCUGGGUUUGUUUGGGCUGAUUUUCGGAUUGGCUGGGAUGUUAGCGUAUGAUGGCAAAAAGGUCCUAGAGGAUGGAAUGUUCCAGGGCUACAACAGCGUGAGCUGGGCUGUGGUGCUUCUACAGGCUUUGGGUGGGCUGGUUGUGGCAGCUGUCAUUAAAUACGCUGACAACAUCCUGAAAGGCUUCGCCACGUCGCUGUCCAUCAUUCUGUCCACUUUCAUCUCUUACUUCUGGUUGAAUGACUUUGAUCCUACCAGGCUGUUCUUCCUGGGGGCAGUGAUGGUCAUCGCAGCCACUUUUCUCUACGGCUAUGAAAGGAAACCUGUGGUCAGCCCCAGUAAAGUAUAAAGGGUGGCCGAUGACAACAUAGUGGAGCAGCUGCGGAGCCGUCGCCUGAGCUUCAGAGUCCUUGACCAGAGCAGGACAACACAGCGAAGAGAAUGGGCAGUGAGCAGGAUGUGAAGAACUGUUACAGCCAAAGAACCAAAGACAGCAUGAAGAGCCAACUCAGUCAAAGUGGAGCUUCGUCUGUAAAGACGUUCUCACUUACGGUUUACAUUAAAUGUUCAAGGAAGAGCA